AUGGAAAUUCGUAAAGGUGACUUUGUCAUGGGUGAAUUGCUUUUCUUUCGCGAUUUAGAACGGUAUAACUUUGCCGCCACCGUACUUUCUGAGUUAAACGCUUUCGGUUUCAAACCCCGUACUUCAUCGAGAGUUCACGUCACAUUGAAUGGUCUCCAGGUCCAUGUGUUCAAUAGGCUUGCGGAAUACAAAAAGCUUUCUAUGUAUUUUGGCUUGGAAAGAGUUUUCAAAUUUUUUUCAGAAAAGGAAGAGCAAGCAUGGGAUAGCUUUUAUGAUAAACUUUGGUGUUUAAUUGGGUACAUAAAGUUAUCUAUUGGAUCGGGAAAAUUUGUUGCUGGAAACUGCAGUCUGCCGUCCGUGUUUGUAAUUAUUUUUGAGAAUUAUUCGUCAAGAAUUUAUUUGAAAUCGCGUAAAACGGGCUGUGACCGGGCGCUAUUAUGUAUAGUCGGAGCUUGUGAAAACCUUAGUGUUUCAUUUGUGAAAAGUAGUGAGUUUGAGAAGAAGCAGCCAUUGCAUUUCACUGGUCGACGUGAUGCGCCUCCCCGUACCAUGGGAGACGGUUUUGCUGUACUGCAGAGCGCUCGACUUCAUUUCUAUUACAACCAGUCUAUAUUAGGUAUCGUUCAGGAUGAGAUGCAGUCAGCAACGGAAAAUCAGCCGGUUUGGGAAUCUGUCUGGCGGUUUGGAAAAAAUACUGUUUUUUCAUACGGGCCUUGGGCCGAUGCGCAAAGGGUUUUGAUAUAUGAUUUUUUCUUUCCUCCUGCCCACUGUACAGCUUCUGUAACGUAUGUUUUAAAGUUUUAUUGUAGCGAAAUGCCAAAACGAGGACAACGAAGAAUUUUUUUGGCACAUGAUGCUAGAAUAUCUGUCCUUAACGAUGCUGGUUUUGAUAUAUGGUUUAUGAGAGGAGAUGAUUUAAAUGCACUUCACUUACGAUUCAAGCAGGGCUCAUCAGUAGAUCUCAAUAUCCCAUGGAUUACUUUAAGAAGUGGGUACUCUACUAUCUUACGUUGUUGUUUAUUGUUCGUUGAUUCUUCAACUUCUUUGCCAUAUUCAAAAUUCUUCCAAUGUGAGACGUUUCGUUUAUCUUUGUGCGCUCAUUAUCCAAGGGUGUUUAAUGCUCAUCAGUCGUGGAAGUUUCAAAUUGAACUGAAUAAAUUAACUGUUUGGUUCGUAUGGGAUCACAAGCGUUUUUUUUCUGUAAGUUUUUUUAUUGAUUUUUGUCUUAUGGGUGAUUUGAUCAACGAGUGGUCUUCUGCAUCUGUGACGGAUUUAUAUGAAUUCGUUCCGUACACGUGGAAUUUUAAUAUAAAAAUUACGGAUUCUUUCGAAUUAAUUCUUGUUUUGAACGACAAGAAUUGGGUUGAUACCAAGAGAGAUUGUCCUCGUAUAUUGGAUAUUGUGAGCAUUAGAUUGCUCAAAGUAGAGUCGAGGUUUGUGGACAGAUGGGGUGCCUCUUUUAUUAAAGAUACCUUAGAAGAUACUAUAGCUGGAGUUCUCACUAUCUCAUUAUUUGAUAUUCCUGAAAAUACCUUGGUCGCUUUAGUCGGAAGAGAGGCUAUAAUGAACGCCUAUUUGCCUUUCGUUGACUUUUGUCCAGAAACUGUUGACACAGUUUACGAAGUAGUGGCUAAAGAUACCGUGGCUUUACGUUUUUGGGUUCCUCCGUCGAGUCCGAUGUUUCCUGUGCUAAAAACGCUUUUGAAAAAUUCCAUAUAUGUCCCAUCAUUCGCUUCUUCUUCAAAUCUUCCAACUUCUUCCUCGCUGAAUGAGCACUGGAUAGAAGUGUGGCGAUCAGAAGAGGUGAAAAUUUUGCUUGAUUACGUUUAUCAUCCAGUGUACAAAGAUUAUUCAAGUGAUCUUCCGUACAGCGUCGUUACUUCAUUUCUUCCUAAAGGGGCUUCCCAUCCAAUAACACUGGUGCCAGAUGAUUUGCUAGUGGAGGUAUGCGUUUUUCAGUUAUUAAUUCCGAUUGCUAAGCAUUAA